AUGGACAUCAUUGGGGCGACCUGGGGAUUAACAGAUCGGGGCCGGGCCUUCAUCGAAAAUUCUGUGGAGGUGACAUUCAGGGUACCCGGUGUUAUCUUGCUCGAGUUAUGGUGGAUAAAAAGGGAUUUGGAUAUCUCAGAGGUUACACAGCAGAUCAUCGAUCAGAAUCCAUUGCCUGGAUAUCUGGAUCUGAUGCAAAUUACGGAGUUUAUCCAUCGUCGAAACCUCGAUCAUACGGCGGCAACAGUUCUGAGUUAUUCGGUAUUACUGUUAUGUGCGAUGUUGCUGCUCCUUCCUAUGGCCAAGCUUAUGCGAAUCUAUCUGCAUGGACUUUGUUUGUCGUUAUUUGCCCUUGCCCAUUACAUGUCUACUCAAUAUAUUCAGCACGAGAAGACUGCUGAACCCGUUUUAGUGCUCGAUGACUUUGUGAAAAUGGAGCGUCAUGGAUUUCAUUUUGUCGCACAGGUACGAUAAUUUCACACAAACAGUAUCUUCUAGAUGAUGCUGAGUGUGGUCCAAUGCUUUCUGUUGGGGAUGGAAUCAGCCGUCGGUCGUGUUCUUCUGGCCGUCUUCACGAUCCCAAUCAUUGCCCGGAUGUGUGGCUGUCCUCCGGAUAAAUUAAUAGUGGCGCAUAACAUUGCCUGUUCUCUGGCGAUGCUUCUGAUAUGUGUUUACGUUUUAUAUAACGUUCCUGAUCUGAUCCAAUCAGUGAAACAAGGCUGUAAGAGACUUCGUUCUCUCUUGGCGGUUCGAGGAGUUGGUUUCGGUAUGUCACAAGGCGGAUUUAACAAAAUGUAUAGGAUUCGUUGUUUUAUGGCGUCGGCUAAGACUGGCUCAACUUCUGUGCACGUUCUUUGUACUCAUGUUCUCUCUUAAGUGCUAUGCCAUGUUUGUUAAGGACUAUGACUCUGUUGGAGAGGCUUUCAUUAGUGCUGUUGCAGCCACUACUUGGUAAGAUAAUGGAUUUAAAUAAUAAAUAAAGAUGAUUUCAGUUCCCCAUUUUCAUUAUUAGCCCUAGCGUUGACUGUCAGUUACAUUUCGCAACUCAUCGCUCAUCUGACACAAAUUCUAAUCGGGGCAGAUUCUUCUCAGCAUACGACUAAUGGGAAUGAGGGGAUGGCAGAGGCAUUUACGCUUGUCUUCCUAUGUGUCCAGGCUGGAGUUCUCGGAAUGGGAUCUGAUCAGAAGAUAUUCAUGCUCAAGUUGGUUCUGUUUGUGGGUAAGUUGAUGAAAGAAACUGCCCUAUAUUUAGUUUUGUCCGCACUUUUACAAUCACUAUACGAAGUUCUGGAACCCCAUCUAAUCACCGUGGGAGUGAUGACUACGACCAGAUUAAGUCAGCAUAUCCGCUGUUUGUCCCUGGCUGCUGUUCUCCUGGUGUUCCCCGUCGCCAUCUCUUAUGCCUUGCUGAAUCUUCUACCAGCAAAUCUUUGGUUUGUUAGAUUUGUGUCUGACCAUUGUAUGUUACAGGCUGCUGAUGAUCCUUUCGAGUUGUAUAAUGACCUCGGUCCGAACCGUCCAAACUGUGGCCAUAUAUGUGUUGUCUGUCAUCGAGACACGAUACGAAGAACCUUACGAAUGCUUCGAUGACCUCACAUUUAUGUGCCGACUUCUUACGCUGGGUGCUGAACUGUUACUUUCACUCUCAGUGGUUGUGUAUGGGGGAUAUGUGUCUCUAUUCCAUGAUCAAUGGUCCAUCUUCAGUAUUUUGGUACUGUUAUUUAACAGUUAUUUCAACGUCUAUCGUCGCAUUAUUGCUGGUAUUCAAUCCAUCAGAGCUCGAAGAGAUGCCUCAAUCAAGAUUAAAGGACUGCGAUCUGCAGCGAUGGAGGAACUCAAGGACGGGAGGGAUGUGUGUGCCAUCUGUUUCGGAGAGUUUACAUUCAGUGCCCUCAUAACUCCCUGCCGACAUGUAUUCCAUGGAUUUUGUCUUAAAAAAUGGCUUUUUGUUCGCCCGGUCUGCCCCCUUUGUUAUACAGAUCUAAAUCAAAGUGACGGACCAGAAAGCAAGGAAGAGAGUGCGGAGCUUGAACAACAAGGAUAG